AGUUGAUCAGACCGUACUAUAGUAGUGUCCCAAUCGUGCUAAUGGGCUAUCAAGUCAAGGAGGUCUCAACCAAGCCAUAUGACGGCCAGAAACCUGGUACUUCUGGUCUUCGUAAGAGGGUAAAGGUGUUCCAGCAGGAGCACUACACUGAGAACUUCAUCCAAGCCAUCCUCGAUUCUAUCAAGGCAGAUGGUGCAACGCUUGUCAUCGGCGGGGAUGGCCGGUAUUUCUCUCCCGAGACUGUGCAGACGAUCCUCAGGAUCGGCUCCGCUAAUGGCGUCAAGGAGUUUAUAAUAGGAAAGGACGCGAUCCUGUCCACUCCCGCCGCCUCCAAUGUCAUUCGCAAGUACAAGGCCGAUGGAGGUAUCCUACUUACGGCGAGUCACAAUCCCGGUGGUCCAAAUAACGACUUUGGGAUCAAGUAUAACGUUUCAAAUGGUGGUCCUGCUCCAGAGAAUGUGACCAACAGGAUCUAUGAAGCCACCAAGACUAUCCAAAAGUACAAAGUCAUCGAGGCUGAUCCCGUCGAUCUUUGCAAGAUUGGGAAAACAACCUAUGGUCCGAGCCAGGUUCAAAUCAUCGAUUCUGUGAAAGAUUAUGUUGAAUUGCUCGAAGAAAUCUUUGACUUCCCACUAAUCAAGGACUUCCUCAAUAACAACGCGCAGUCUUUCCGUGUCCUUUUCGAUGGUCUUCACGGCGUUACUGGUCCCUAUGCACGCGCCAUUUUGAUCAGAAAGCUCGGUCUUCCCGAAGCUGCUGUCCAGAACUGUGUUCCCCUCCCUGAUUUCGGCGGAGGUCACCCUGACCCGAAUCUCACCUACGCACAUUCAUUGGUAGAGGUGGUUGAGAAGAACAAUAUCCAAUUCGGUGCAGCAAGCGAUGGUGAUGGCGACAGAAACAUGAUCUACGGCAAGAACGCGUUCGUCACGCCCAGCGAUUCCGUAGCUAUUAUCGCAGAUUCAGCAGAUGUCAUCCCGUACUUCAAAAAAGGCGGCGUCAAGGGUUUGGCUCGUAGCAUGCCCACCAGCAAGGCCAUCGAUCUCGUAGCGAAGAAGAAGGGACUGGAAUGUUUUGAAGUGCCAACAGGAUGGAAGUUCUUUGGUAACUUGAUGGAUGCUGGACGACUCUCGAUCUGUGGCGAGGAAUCCUUUGGAACGGGCUCGGACCACAUCCGGGAGAAGGAUGGGUUGUGGGCCAUUGUUGCGUGGCUCAAUAUCCUUGCUGCUGCUAACAAAGAAUCACCGAACAAGCUGAUCGGAGUUAAGGAGCUGCUGCAAAAGCACUAUUCCAUCUACGGACGUUCGUUCUUCAGCCGGUACGACUAUGAGGAAGUUUCUUCGGAGGGAGCCAACAAACUCGUCGCGCUCCUUAACGACGCCAUCAAGACAUCUUCACUCGCGAACACCACCCAUCACUCCAAGAGCACCGGUCAGGACUACAAGAUUACUUCAGUGACGAGCUUCUCGUACAAGGAUCCCAUCGACGGCAGUGUGAGCACGAACCAGGGACAGAUCGUCUUGUUCGACGAUGGUUCCAGAGUUGUGUUCCGUCUGAGCGGAACGGGCAGUGCUGGUGCCACCGUUCGCAUGUACGUCGAACGAUAUGUGGGUCCGGAGGCUGCCCCGGAGGAGCUCGGUAGGGACACUGCUGAGGGUCUCAAGGGUCUCAUAGAAGUUGCUUUGGGGAUUACCAAGUUGAAGGAGUUCCUUGAGAGAGACGAACCUACUGUUAUUACGUGAUUGCUGCAGGCAGGAAGGCGAACAGCUUUCUAUACGUAGUCGAGUUCUCACUUUUUUUAACGCGUAAGUAGACGUGUGUACGUAUAUUCCACCUCAACAUCGCCUUCUAGAAGCAAUGGAAAAGAUCGUUAGAACGUA